UAGUUUGGAAAUAGUUGUGAUCCACGAUGGCUGUUCCACGCCACUCCCUAGUCUGCCUUUCCUUUCUGCUCUCGUUUACAAUAUGCUUUGCUGCCGAAGACUGCUUGAAAGUCUAUAACUUAACCAGCAAGAAAGUGGAAAGUGUCCCGCCUUCGACGCCAGUUUCCGAAGUUCCUCACAACAUCAAGUGCUAUAGCCGCUGCAUAAUCGAUGAAUACUUCGGGGAUGAUGACAAAAUCGAUCUGAAAAGGCUGGAGAACCGAGCCAGAGAUGAUGAGAAAGUUAUUCUGGCGGAUUGUAAACAGAAGUACGAUGACGACAGCUCCGAUCGCUGCGAUUAUGCCUACAAAAUAAUUCAAUGCCUGUACUUGGGCAGAGUCAACUGAUUGCGUCAGGAGCUAUGAUUACAAUUAAUCGCUUCGAAUAUUAAAAUAAAAGAAAAUAUGAUUGUA